AUGCUCAGCCGAUUUGCCGCUCCAGCCAACUUCCAGAGUCGGCUCUUCCAGAUAUCGUCAAGCAUGUUUGCCGGAGGACACCGUGUCGAGCGCGAUACUUUCGGAGAGCUGAAGGUGCCGUCCGACCGCUACUAUGGAGCACAAACGGCUAGGUCGAUGAUCAACUUCAAGAUCGGAGGCCCCGAAGAACGCAUGCCGUUGCCCGUCGUCCACGCGUUCGGCAUCCUCAAGAAGUCGGCGGCCCUCGUCAACCAGGAGUACGGGCUUGACAAGAAGCUCGUCGACGCCAUCUCCCAAGCGGCCGAUGAGGUUGUUGCCGGAAAGCUGGACGAGCACUUCCCGCUGAUGACCUGGCAGACCGGCUCCGGCACGCAGUCCAACAUGAACGUCAAUGAGGUCAUCUCCAACCGCGCCAUCGAGAUCCUCGGCGGAGAGCUCGGCUCGAAGACGCCCGUCCACCCGAACGACCACGUCAACAUGUCGCAGAGCAGCAACGACACUUUCCCCACAGCCAUGCACAUCGCCGUAGCGAGAGAGAUCAACUCCCGUCUGCUGCCCGCCCUCACCCAGUUCCGCGACGCCAUGCACGCCAAGGCCCAGGAGUUCAGCGAUAUCAUCAAGAUUGGCCGUACGCACACCCAGGACGCCGUGCCGUUGACGCUCGGCCAGGAAUUCUCCGCCUACGUUACGCAGCUCGACAACGGUCUCGCUCGCGUGAAGGCCACCCUUCCCCGCCUGUACGAGCUGGCCGCUGGAGGAACGGCCGUCGGCACUGGCCUCAACACGCGAAAGGGAUUUGCCGAGAAAGUGGCCGGAAAAGUUUCCGAGCUCACCGGCCUACCAUUCGUCACCGCCCCCAACAAAUUCGAGGCGCUCGCCGCCCACGAUGCCCUUGCUGAGGUCCACGGUGCCCUGAACGUGCUCGCCGUGACGUACAUGAAGAUCGCCAACGACAUUCGAUUCCUCGGGUCGGGACCCCGGUGUGGCCUCGGCGAGCUCUCGUUGCCCGAGAACGAGCCCGGAAGCUCGAUCAUGCCCGGGAAGGUCAACCCCACACAGUGCGAGGCCAUGACCAUGGUCGCCGCCCAGGUUGCCGUCUCGGUCGGCUGCUCGAACGGCCAUUUCGAGCUGAACGUCUUCAAGCCGUUGAUCGUGCGAAACGUGCUCCAGUCAACGCGGUUGCUCGCCGACUCGGCCGUCUCGUUCACCGACCACUGCGUCAAGGGCAUUGAGGCUAAUCGCGACAACAUUGCCAAGAUCAUGCGCGAGUCCCUGAUGUUGGUCACAGCCCUCAACCCGCACAUCGGCUACGACAAGGCCGCCAAGAUCGCCAAGACGGCGCACAAGAACGGAACCACGCUGAAGGAGGAGGCCAUCAAAUUGGGUUACCUCACCGAGGAGCAGUUCAAGGACUGGGUGAAGCCGGAAAACAUGCUGGGCCCGAAA